CAGGUCCGAGCGGGCUGUCACUGCUGACCUGGGCCAAACUUUGCAUCUGGAGACCCAGAAAUAAAGAGAGGUGUCCUGCCUCUGCGGCUCUGCCCCCUGCAUCCUGUGCACCUGCUGCCCCUCCACCCGCAACUCCACGGUGAGCCGCCUCCUCUUCACCAUCUUCCUGUUUCUGGGGGUGCUGGUGUCCGUCAUCAUGCUGAGCCCUGGCGUGGAGAGUCAGCUUUACAAGUUGCCCUGGGUGUGUGAGGACGAGGCUCAGUCCCCUGUGGUCCUGCGAGGUCACCUGGACUGUGGCUCCCUGCUGGGCUUCCGCGCAGUCUACCGCAUGUGCUUCGCCAUGGCCGCCUUCUUCUUCCUUUUCACUCUGCUCAUGGUCUGCGUGCGCAGCAGCAGGGACCCACGAGCUGCCAUCCAGAAUGGGUUCUGGUUUUUUAAGUUCCUGAUCUUCGUGGGCAUCACCGUGGGUGCCUUCUACAUCCCCGAUGGCUCCUUCUCCAAGAUCUGGUUCUACUUUGGCGUCGUGGGCUCCUUCCUCUUCACCUUGAUCCAGCUGAUCCUGCUGAUCGACUUUGCCCACUGUUGGAACCAGCGAUGGCUAUGCAAGGCGGAGGAACGUGACUCCCCUGCCUGGUACGCGGGCCUCUUUUUCUUCACCUUCCUCUUCUACGUGCUGUCCAUCGCGGCUGUCACGCUGAUGUUCAUCUACUACACGGAGCCCAGCGCCUGCUAUGAGGGCAAGACCUUCGUUGGCCUCAACCUCAUCCUGUGCUUGUGUGUCUCCAUCGUCGCCGUCCUGCCUAAGGUCCAGGAUGCCCAGCCCAACUCGGGUCUGCUGCAGGCGUCUGUUAUCACUCUCUACACCAUGUUUGUCACCUGGUUGGCCCUGUCCAAUGUCCCUGACCAGAAGUGCAACCCUCACCUGCCCACCAGCAAUGCAACAGACCAGGCCAGCCUGGAGGACUACCGGACCCUGUGGUGGGAUGCCCCAAGCAUUGUGGGCCUCGUCAUCUUCAUCUUGUGCUCACUCUUCAUCAGCCUGCGCUCCUCAGACCACCGGCAGGUGAACAGCCUGAUGCAGACGGAGGAGUGCCCGGUUGCACUGGAGCCCACCCAGCAGCAGCAGGUGGCUGUCUCUGAGGGCAGAGCCUAUGACAACGAGCAGGAUGGUGUCACCUACAGUUACUCCUUCUUCCAUUUCUGCCUGGUGUUGGCUUCUUUGCACAUCAUGAUGACACUCACCAACUGGUACAGCCCCGGAGAAAGUGGGAAGCUUAUCAGCAAGUGGACCUCCGUGUGGGUGAAGAUCUGUGCCAGCUGGGCAGGACUGCUCCUGUACCUGUGGACCCUGGUAGCACCCCUGCUCCUACCCAACCGCGACUUCAGCUGAGAUGACCCCACAGCCUGCCUGCCCGGUGCCUUGGGGCUCAGUGAAGGUCAACCUGCCCCUCAUGUGUCCACCUACCCUGCUCCAGGACUUGGCCCUGAGUGGGGUCCUCUGUUCUCAGUGCCUUCAGGAUCUAAGGAGCGUCAGGCCCAGGCCUGAACCCACCUUCCCUGUCUGCAGUCUCCUACACUCACCCUCUGGACAGAAGGGCUCCCCAUUCUCAGGGUCCCUGGCAGAAGGGGCUGAAGGAGAGAGCUGAUCAGAGCCCCCAUUGGCAGGGAAUGCCCACCCCACCAGGGUUCUGCACCCAGGCUUGUGCUGCUGACCCUGCCCCCCUCCUGGACCAUGUGCCUUACUGAGUUUCUAAGACUCUGCCCAAUAAACAAGCCCAUGUGUGUGCCUUCCA